AUCGCCAUGUGCAAACAGCUCUCAACUGCGCUUCACAUGCCAGAUAUCGGAGCCGACGAGCUCCGCCACAGACUCGUCUCUGAAUCUCGAUGAAUUACCAUCGGACUUCCUAUGCCUGUAGGAUUACGGCGUACCUGCUCAUACAAGCUCAUCUGUCUUCGAUCUCCGGCGAAUCAAUCCAUACUCCGGAGCAUAUGCGUCAGAGUGCUUUUGUUGCAGCAGAGCAGAUUCUCACCCUUCUCAACUUUGCCGUCUCUGCGCUAAUGGUUGAGCUGAAACUUGCUGCACUGAAAAGCAACGAGCUCUGAUAACGAUUCGCUGCCUUUUUCUCCCACCUGCGAAUAUCUUCGUCGUUCUCGGGCUUACGAACCUGUUUCUGACACUCCGCUGGCUACCUGCAACUUCGAGCUUUAGUGAGAGAAGCAUAGUUCAUCCGUCUUGCAGAUGGAGAUAGAACAUUGAUCCCAAAGCAGCAGCAGCAGUAGCAGACACAUUUUCAGUGUGGUGCAAGGAGACAUGAAGAUACGAUGCGGUUUCCUUCUGCUGCUUCUGUUGCAUUCGAGUUGGAUUCGUCACUGCGAUUCUGCGGAUGUCGAAGGCCCGAUCAAAACAGUGGUGGUUCUGGUUAUGGAGAACAGGUCUUUCGAUCACAUGCUGGGGUGGUUGAAGAGACUGAAUCCUGAAAUCGACGGCCUCACAGGAGCAGAGAGCAAUCCGGUCAAUGCUUCGGAUCCGAAUUCCGCGAGAGUUUCCGUCACAGACAAUGCUGAGUUUGUAGAUCCCGAUCCCGGCCACUCGUUCGGUGCCAUUCGUGAGCAAGUCUUCGGAAAGGAUUCCGAUGUGUCUGCUGUUCCUCCUCCGAUGAAUGGAUUCGUGCAGCAAGCGAGGAGCAUGAAUCAUGGGCUGGACUUUCCCGAAAGAGUGAUGAGCGCAUUUCGCCCCGAAGUUAUCCCCGUCUCCACAGCUCUGGCCAUGGAGUUCGCAGUCUUCGACAAAUGGUUCGCCUCUGCACCAACUUCCACUCAGCCCAACAGAUUAUUCGUCCACUCGGCCACUUCUCGCGGAGCUGUCAGCAAUGUUGAUGCGGAUCUUGCUGUUGGGUAUCCUCAGAAGCCAAUUUUUGAGUCAGUUGCUGACGCUGGAUUGUCGUGGGGCGUGUACUAUGAAAAUAUCCCGGCCACCCUGUUUCUGAAGGAUCUUCGAAAACUGAAGAAUCUGUUGAAAUUCAAGACGUUCUCUCCGUUUUUCAAGUCUGAUGCGAGUGCGGGAAAGCUGCCGAACUACGUGGUGAUCGAACCGCGGUACUUUGACUUGGCAGCUGCGCCUGCUAAUGACGAUCAUCCUUCUCACGACGUCGCCGAAGGUCAGAAGCUGAUGAAGGAGGUGUACGAAACUCUGAGAGCCAGCCCGCAAUGGAAUCAGACGCUUUUCCUCAUCACUUACGAUGAGCACGGAGGUUUCUUCGACCACGUCCCCACGCCUGUCACUGGCAUUCCCAAUCCCGAUGGUGUCAAUGGACCUGCCCCUGACCUCUUCCCGUUCAACAGGCUCGGAGUACGUGUUCCUACCAUUGCCAUUUCCCCUUGGAUCAACAAAGGCCUAGUUGUCCAUGAACCCAGUGGGCCGACACCGUCUUCUCAGUACGAGCACUCGUCGAUUGCGGCAACCGUGAAAGAAAUUUUCAAGCUCCCGAAUUUCCUGACCAAAAGAGACGAGUGGGCCGGGACCUUUCAGCACCUUUUCAGUCAACGGGCUGAGCCAAGAGGAGACUGUCCAACUGAGCUUCCGACUCCUCCGUGGUCCUUACGACACGUAGCGGCGGAUGAAAAUCGCAGCCUGACACAAUUUCAACAAGAGCUCGUGCUUCUGGCUUCUCAGCUAACCGGAGAUCACACCCUCUCAGCUUAUCCAUUUAUUGGCCAGAACAUGACAGUCAAAGAAGGCCACGCUUAUGUCACCGCUGCAGUUGCCAGAUUCAUAGGGGAAGGUAUGAAACAGAUCAGAGAGGGACAGGAUGAAUCCAAGAUUCUCCAGCUAGAAUCGCUCUCUUGAAUCCCUGGACUUUUCCAGCGACAGUCUGAUAUCUGCAGUGGAAAGUCAACAUUCCAUCAAUGUGGGAUGCCAUGUAACUCGAGUAGUAUACUCCAGUAAUAAUCUCAUCUGGUAUGUAAAGCUUGCUGUCGUCAAGAUUAAGUUAGUUAUUUGAGCUGCUUGCUCUUUAUAUGGCUCGACAUCAUGAAGAUAAGAAAGACUUUUCAGGAGCAAAAUAAGCUCAGCAGCAGGAGUGUGAGCUCAAGGUCUUUACGCAAGGAGGAGCAGAAAUGUGCACAUAACCAACUUUAAAUUUUCUUGCCUAAGUAUAUUACAUGUCAUUAAUUGUGGGUUGCGACAGUUCUGUUGUUCCACGAGGCGAUUCAUUCAUUUCCUUGAUUAAAAAUCCUGCUGCUACUUUCUAAGCUGGAGCUGUUUCGGAAGAUUCAUAACUAGGCUUGCUCUUGCACUCGAGCUUUUAUUAAAGAUAAUGCUGGCUGAUGGCGGACUUGGUAGAAUUAGGUCUCACCAGAGUUAGCCGUACUCUUUCAAUUGGGAAGUCCCAGAAUGCUCCAAUAUUAAGCUCUGCAAAAGUCGACUUUCAUCUCG